AUUCGCGCUGAUGUAUGUUCAUUUAUUGCUUUCGGUUCCAAGAAACUUUAUUUUUAUUUUGAUAAAAUUGGUGGACUUGCAUAGUGACCGAAAAUUUUGUGUUGUUCAAUAUCAGUGCCGUGUCAAGUGUUUAGUGAUUCGGUUGUUUGUUGGUGAUCGUUAGUUUCGUAGAACUUUUUAAAUUGGGAUAAGGAUUUGCUGAAAAAAAAAGUUGUUGAUGGACUGGUUCAUCGGCUGUAUCGCUACUAUUGUGAUCAAUUAAGUGAAUUUUUUUAAUAAAAAAUCUUGCGGUGACGGCAUGCAAAGUUAACCAUUUUAAUAACGAAUAAAAAUAAAACAAUUGAAAGUGAGUGAAUCGUCCACUUUCGCCUGAAACCUUCUCCACAUGUAAAUAAUUUGUCAGUAAUCCCAAGUACUCGCGCUGAACGUUUCUCCUUUAAAUAAAAGUAGUCGUGCGAUUAAGCUACCAUGAACAUGUCGUCUGGAAACAAUAAUAAUAAUAAUGGUUCGUCAAACGGUAUGCCUGAAAUAGGAAUCAUCGGUGCUGGUAUGUCGGGCCUGUGUGCUGCCGUUCAACUACAGAAAAAGCUGGCCAUCACAUCAUUUACGAUAUUUGAGAAGAACGCCGACGUUGGUGGAACGUGGUUGAGCAACACGUAUCCAGGUUGUGCGUGCGACGUUGCUAGCCAUCUGUACAGUUUUUCGUUCGAACUAAAUCCAACUUGGUCCGAAAACUACUCAGCCCAGCCGGAGAUAUUGGACUAUGUCAAAGACGUCGCAAGAAAGCACAGAAUCUACGAGCACAUCAAGUUUCAGCACGAAGUCAAAACGCUCACUUGGAAUGAUCAGCUGAAAAAAUGGAUUGUCCGGUAUGUCAAUGCUUCCAUCGCAAAAGCUGAUGACGAGACGCAGAUGUUCGACAUUAUAGUCAUGGCACCAGGAGGCCUUCGCAUUCCACACAUUCCGAGCGAAUUGAAAGCUUUCACUGGACCUGCAAUGCAUACGGCCGAGUGGAAUCACCAAAUCGAUUUGAAAAAUAAAAGAGUCGCUGUUAUUGGCAGUGGAGCGUCGGCCGUUCAGGUUAUUCCCAGCAUCGUUGACGAUGUUCAUACGCUGCAUUGCUACCAGCGGAAACCGCCGUACAUUUUCCCCAGGGCUCAGUUUACAUUCCCGAAUUUCAUGAAGAAAAUUUUCUUUUACAUACCGUUCAUAAUGUGGCUGUACCGGUGCAUGAUCUAUGUACGGCACGAGCUAUUGCACAAAGCAUUUUAUGCAGGCAGCCUGUUCAACAAAUUAGCCCACACAUUGACCAAGAAAUAUCGUCGAAACGAAUUGAGGGCGCACAAACACUUGCUGGACGAUCUGACUCCCAAAUACGGUUUCGGAUGCAAACGAGUAAUUUUGUCCGAACAAUACUACGGCGCAAUGACACGGCCCAAUCUUCAUGUACAUACGAGCCACAUUGACAAAAUUGUCGAUCGGACGAUCUACACCAAGGAUGGAACAAAAGAGGAAAUCGAUGUUCUGAUACUGGCCACUGGCUUCAAAGUUCAUGAUUACUGCAGCCCCAUGCAAAUAUUCGGAAAAGAUGGCCAGAAUGUGCUCCAAGCUUGGGUCGAUAAAGAGCCCCGAAGCUAUUACGGAAUCGUCUUCAGUUCAUCGCCAAACCUCUUCGCUCUCCUUGGGCCCAAUACGGCACUCGGUCACAGCUCCGUCAUUUUCAUGAUCGAAUGUCAGGUCAAUUUUAUGAUCAAUGCCGUCCGGGAAAUGAUGCGACGAAACGCUAGGGUGAUCAAUCUGAAAGUUGAGGCUGAAGACGAGUUUAUGGACAAGUUGAAAGCGGAUUUGAAGAACACCGUGUGGAACAGUGAAGAUUGUGGUUCGUGGUAUGUUAACGGAAGAGGUGUCAUAACGACUCUGUGGGGUGACAAUUGCACCAACUACUGGAGACAGACUAGAACCACCGACUGGUCUAAAUUUGAAAUUAAAUGAAGAAAGAAAUUUGUGUGCUGGCUGGACUAGUUGCCCAAAAUUAAACCAAAGCUUUCGUGUACUGUGUGUCAUGGCAAAUAAAGCAAAAUUUUGUGAUUUUAA